AUGCAGCCAAUACAGCCAGUCGGCGAGUACGACCUACACCGGAUACCACCUCCCUCAGGCCCAGGCGCUGGACCCCCACAACGCCCCGGGCAAUACCGCGGUGGAGGAGGCCGACACCGAGGAUCGAACCCGGGACCUCACGGAGGCAUACCCGCUAUAGUGAUCCCCGGGAUCGGGCAAUUACCGCCCAUCCCGCCGCACGUGGUCAAGUUCAUCCGCAAAUUUGGGCCGUUGAUCUUGAUCAUCACGCUGCUGUUCGCCGUGCAGUACCUGCUCCUGUCGAUCUACAUGAACGUGCGGCGAAUCAAAUAUGACGUAAAGGAACAGUGCGCGUCGCUCCAGGCGGAUCUGAAUCUGACGGCGUGGGGGCACAUGGAGGGCGUGCGCAACGAGAACUGGCGGCAGCACCGCAUGGUGGGACGUGGCACGUACGGAUUGGUCCAGUGGUCCGCGUAUCGAAUCCAGGAAGGCGUGGUGGUGGGAGUAGGGUUUGGCGCGACACUGCUGCGACCGCACAGGAAGAUCACAUCGUGCACGUGGCACGGGGCGGACGGGGUGACAAUACUGGGCGACCCAUCGCUGCACUACCCGCGGGACGAGCCGCACGAGCAGUACGAAACCAUCGUCAUUCGCUGCGACCUGCGCGGCAAGGUGGUUACCAACCUCGGCGGUUACCUCGUGGUGGGAAUCGACAACGAGCAUAUAAUCCUGUACCGGGAGGAUCGGGAUUCGCCGACCCACGCGCUGCUCUCCACGACCCACCCGUACCGAGCCUCUUUCUGCACGUACCCGAUUGCCGACCCUGUGGAUGGGGCGAGGCUGCGCGAUUGGCUGCAUGUGCACCGGGCGUAUGGAGCGGAGCACGUGAUUGGGUACGAUGCGGGCGGCGUGGACCGGGCGGCGUUGCGUGAAGUGAAGGAGUUUCUGGACGAGAAGUUUCUGGAGGUGCUGCCGAUGAGAGACGUGGUGCACUUCCGGGUGCAAGCGCAGGGAAAGCUCAUGGCAAUGCACGAUUGUCUGUACCGCUCAACACUCACCGCUUCCUGGGUCCUGUUUCUAGACUGGGACGACAUCCUCCACAUCAUCUCGCCGCCCUCCCUCUCGGAGCUCCUCUCCCAGCAUCGCAACGUGCCCUGGCUGUCAUACGGCUGCCAAGUCUGGGGCACCAAAUUGUGCAUGGGAACAAAGGUCAGCAGUCGCACCAAGGGCCUGAUGCCCCAGGAGAGGAUGCUGUGGCACUGGCCGCACUUCCUGUGCUCUGAGGGCGACCCUCCUGUGGAGGCUAACUUUUGCCCGGGGACCCGAGGGCACCGCUACAUCAUGGCCAAUACUGGCAAGGGCGACCCUCCUGUGGAUGCCAACUUCUGCCAGGGGACUCGAGGGCACUGCUACAUCAUGGCCAAUACUGGCAAGGUGUUCUUGAUGGGGGAGAACGAGGUGGUCGAUCCAAGAACAGGAGGGGUAGACCUGUCAGAGGAGUCGGUGCGGCACGAGCGGUUCGAGAACGUGCACAAGAGGGCCUUAUCUAUCCUGACACCCCUGUACUGCCCUCCCUGGCAGGUGUUCCUGAUGGGGGAGAACGAGGUGGUCGAUCCAAGAACAGGAGGUGUAGACCUGUCAGUGGAGUCGGUGCGGCACGAGCGGUUCGAGAACGUGCACAAGAGGGGCGCGGACAUGGAUUGGUGCUCGGAGGUGUAUGGGGAGAAGGAUACUGUUGAGUGGUGGGUGAAGGACGGGACCAUGCAGACCCGCCUGGAGGUCAUUCGCAAGAAGGUGUAUUCCAAGGAGAAAAGAUGA